AUGGCCCCCCAGAAGCUCAAGAUCGGCGUGGCCGGCCUCGGCCGCAUGGGCAAGCGCCAUGCCCUCAACUUCUUCCAGCAAGUGCCGCGCGCUGAGCUCGUGGCCGUGUCUUCGCCCGACGCUGCGGAGAGGCAAUGGGCCCAGGAAACUCUCGGGGAGUCUGGUGUUGCUGUGUACGAGAACUACGACGACAUGAUCCGCCACGAGGGCCUCGAGGCCGUUUGUGUCGCGUCGGCAACCGUUGUCCAUGCUCCUCAGACUAUCGCCGCCAUCGCCGCCGGCAAGCAUGUCUUGUGCGAGAAGCCGCUAGCAACGACCCCGGAAGUUUCUCAAACUGUUGUUGACGCCGCGGCCAAGAGGCCAGACUUGAAGGUCAUGUGUGGCUUCUCCAGACGCUUCGAUGAGAGCUACCGAGACGCACACGACAAGGUCAAGGCUGGCCUUAUUGGACGGCCAUCCGUGCUCCGAAGCCAGACGUGCGAUGUCCUCGACCCGUCGGGCUUCUUCGUCGCCUAUGCUGAGUUCAGCGGCGGCAUCUUCGUCGACUGCUCCAUCCACGACAUUGACCUGGCGCUGUGGUUCUUCGGCGAAGACGGUGACAGCAAGGUCAAGUCUGUCUCUGCUGUCGGCAUUACUGCCGUCGAGCCCGACCUGGCGAAGCACAACGACCGUGACAACGCCGUCGGCCUGAUCGAGUUCACCGACGGCCGCAUCGUCCACCUGUAUGCCUCGCGCAUGAUGGCAGCCGGGCAGGAGGACUCGACUGAGAUUAUCGGCACCAAGGGCAAGCUGAGCGUCAACCUACUCCCUACUUCCAACCACGUGCGCAUCUACCAGCCCGGCGGAAUCCGGCACGAGCUGCCGCAGAACUACUGGGGUCGAUUUAAGAAUGCCUUCAAGCAGGAAGCCAUCGAGUUCACCGGCUGCUGCUUGGACGACGUACAAGUACCCGUCAAGCUGGCCUCUGCCGUGGCGGCAGUCAAGAUUGGUGCUGCGCUGCAGGAGUCGAUGAUUUCGGGAAGCAAAAUUUGGUUCGAUGCGGACGGCGAGAAGACGAGCAAGGCGCGACUGUAA